GAAGCCACCGCAACAGGAGCAAUUCCUUUGCAACUAGAGGGCGGGGCGGGGCGGGGCGGGGCGGUUGCGUGCUCGCGAGAAGAAGCCCAGGCCCUCUUACUUCGCCGGGAGGAGGCGAGCGACGCCGCGACGAUUCGAGCCGCAGAUCGGCCGCCCGCCAAGGUUUGGCAAAAUCUGACCACACUAUUCAUGUGUUAUGGCGGGACAUCAUCAUAACAAUUCCCAGAUGUCCAGGAUGGAUCAUGUGAACCGGCUGCAGAAUGAACCACCACCUUUUGGUCAAAAAUCAUUUAUGCAUCCUAGAAGUGAUGCACCAAAUGGAGCUCUAUCGUCAGGUUAUGGGAGUGCAACAAUAAGAUCAAAUGACCUUCCAUCAUCAAGUUAUACUAGGCAAUCUCAUACUCAGCAGAUUGUAGCCCCUGGAACCUUGCAUGCUUCUUAUGCUGGGAGCUCUAGUAGCAUCUAUGCACCACAUAAUGCCCAACAUAUGCCUGCUUUGAGCUACCCACAUAGAUCUGAGGAUAAUUUCAUUCCGAAUUCCCAUAUGGAUGACAGAAGGGUUGCACAGAAGCGGAGAAAUCCCAUUAUUCAUCCAAUGGAUGGAGCCAGUGUUGGUAGUUAUUAUGCUGCCAGUUCUUCCAAUUCUCAGUUCCCUCAUUACAUGCCUCCAAAUCCAAUUCGAGCUCCAGAGUCCUGCCCUCCUGGAAUGCCCUCAAACUUGGGUUCAAGCCACUGGAGUGAUCAUCACUUCAGUAAUCAUGGAGGAUCUCAGAGGAAUGUGAGAGGGCGCCAUGAUCAAAACUCUAUCCAUUUGGGACAUAGUCCAGCUGUAGCUUGCUCAUCAAGCAGCAUUCAUAGGCCACUGCACCAUGCAAAUGCAAUUGCUCCUCCUCUAAGUACAGCAAUGCGACAAGAUAGAGCUCCUUUUUCUGUACCUCCAAGAGUUAUUCCCCCAGGGACUGAUGGAAGCUCUAGCAUAACAUUCAGAGAGAGGCCAUACUAUCCUGCUCCGCAGAGGGCCAACAUAGGUGCUCCUGUGCCAACAACUCCUGGUUCGUCUGACAGUGCUCGAUUUGCCCAUGGUGGAUAUGCCCCCAGAGUAGCUCCACAUAACACCAUCCGCACUUACCCCUCGCCAGCUUUUGCAAACUCCUCCAACUCAGGGGUGGUCUCUCAUGAGCCUGCCAUCCCUAGCUAUCCACCUGCUGCCCCUAGCUACCUGCCUGCUACCUCUGCAUCAUCAUCAAGCAUCCAUCCAUUUCAUGAUGAAGCUGCUGCAUCUUUGAGACAUCUAGGGCAUUUAGCUUUAGGGCCCGGAGGUAAUGCCAGGAGUAGAAGGAUGAGGGAUUCCUACCAUGGUUUUCAUCCAUUGAUGGAGGAAAAUAACUUGGGAAGAUCAGCUGCUGAGCGGUUUAUGAUGCUGGACCAGUUAGUUAUCCAUGAAUCAAGAGAAGAGGUUGAUCCUCACUGGGACAUGAGACUGGACAUUGAUGACAUGAGUUACGAGGAACUGCUGGCAUUGGAAGAGCGAAUUGGCACUGUCAACACUGGCCUGAGUGACGAAAAAAUUUCAGGCUGUGUGGUGGAGGUAGCCUGUUCCAGCUCUGGUCAUACGCUGAAUAAUCAAGAGAAUGCAAGCUGCAUAAUUUGCCUGGAGGAAUACAAGCCCAAGGACCCCCUCGGGAGGCUGAUAUGCGGUCACGACUUCCACACGGAUUGCAUCAAGAAGUGGCUGCGGGUGAAGAACGUCUGCCCGGUUUGCAAAGCCGCUGCAGCAGCAGAUGAUAGCGGAGCGACUGAAUGAUGUGUCCCCCGUGUAUCCUACGCUCAGGAAAAGUUAACUGUUCAUUCUGCUUCGGCUGUGUAAAUAAGUGGUCUCAAAAACGGAAUUAUUUGUGGGCUGAAUGUGAACUCGAAAACCUCUGCAAUGUAAAUGUUAACCUUCAAGUUAGUUAUUGAUGGACGAAAGCAUUGAAUUGUUCGAUGA